GCUUGCAGCUGCAGCGUUGACAGCUCCCAAUACGGAUCACUUCCGUCGCCAGUGGGUUACAGCUUCAAACUAAGCUCGUUGACCUGACUUGGGCUCUCUUCUCCACGUGCGUCGAGCUGGUACGUAUAUUUAUAUUUGCACCCUAUCUCCUGUCGUUGCCCGCUCUUCCCACAUUGUGCCUAAGUGCUUUCCCACUAUCGAAUCGCGCCUUCCUUUCUUGAUCACACCCCGCCCGCACCUACUUUAUUCCAGCGAUCGACUAUCACCGUCCACCAUGGGUGCAGAAUAUAUAAGCGGCAUGGGAAGCUUAACCCUCAGCCAGGCUGUCCACCUUGCACAGAAUUCGCCAGGUGGUGUCGACCAACGUCUCGCCCAACAUCUCGAGAGGAAGCUCGUCGAGGUCCAUGCUAAGAUAAAAGCGCAACCCCAUUCCUACAUCCUCCCACAAGACGAAUUUGCUCUCAUCAACUACUAUCGUUCGAGGUUCGGCGACUCGGAAAUCAUCAAGAGCGCAACAAAACGCUUCUGGGACAAUCAUCAUACCUCAGCACGGCGUCAUCGGAGUGUGCACGAAUCAGCGAACUGCUCGAGAAGACCGAAGGAAGUUCGGAACGGUUUUUAUCAAAAGAUGGGCAUAUCCAGGACCCCGGCGUUGCAGGCUAUUGGUGAGCAGAAUCAGCUAGGUUGGAAAGGAAAACGAGCAUGUCAACAUCGAGCGGCAUUGUCCUCCAUAUUCUUCUUUCUAAUACUAAUGACUUUUUCGCAUCCCGUCAUCGCCUCCCAGGCCUCGUCGCGGUCUCAACUCAGUCGCAUCGACUCUGCCUUGAGCGGCCGCGCGCCAAAUGCAACUACGCCCCUACUAGAAUGCCUCCAAGUGUCACCGCCUGUUUUGAGCCCGAAAAAGAGCUGCGAAAAGACUCUGAUGGUUCACGAGUUUGCCUAUUCCUACGGGAUUCCCUUCAUAGGAAACUACACUCCGCCCGAAUGCGAAUUCAACAGGAUCACGAUCAACUUCACCGUCACCUCUGCAGGAAGGCAGUUCGACCGUCUCGCGCUCAUGUACUUUAACGACACAGAAGUUUGGAGAACAUCCACGGCUGAGCCUACGGCAAACGGCAUUGUCUGGACAUAUGUCAAGGACAUGAGCAACUAUUUGUCACUUUUCCAGGAGCCGCAAAAGAUCAUCUUCGACCUCGGGAACUUGAUAGACGACACGUAUACAGGAAAGUGGGAGACCACGUUGACGGCUACCUUCUUUACCGCGCAAGACACUAUCGAUGCAGCAGACGUUAUCAUCCCCAUCUCUGCACAUCAGUCCUCCCUGGAUAAGCCUAGCGCUUUCGCCAUACCUGACACGAAGGCUAUCGAUACUCUGAAGUUCCCGCACAACGUCAAGAAGGCUGUUGUCAGUCUCUCGGCAGUUGGUCAAGCAACCGAAGAGUUCUGGUGGUCCAACGUCCUGUCCUCAGACACGACGGCAUUUGGCAAUGAAACGACUCUUUACGGAUACUCCCCUUUCCGAGAGGUGCAACUUUACAUUGAUGAAACAUUGGUCGGCGUUGCGUGGCCGUUCCCAGUUAUCUUUACGGGCGGCGUCGUUCCAGGCUUUUGGCGGCCAGUAGUGGGCAUAGAUGCUUUCGACCUUCAAGAGGAUGAGAUCGACAUCUCUGCUUUUCUUCCAAGUAUUUGCGACGGACAAGAACAUACAUUUGAAAUCAAGGUCGCGGGAAUAGACCAAGAUGAGAACGGCAACGCAUUCUUGACGGAAACGGUGGGCUCAAAUUGGGUAGUGACAGGGAAGGUUUUUAUUUGGCUAGACAAGACCGACAGUAUCACACGAGGAGCCGCUCCUACCAUCGAAGCCCCUAAUGUGGUGCUUGGUGUGUCUUCGUCGAUCACCAAGGGCGCAAAUGGAACGGUCCAGGCUCUGGAUUACUCGGUAAAGGCUCGGAGAUCUUUCUCGGUCAGGUCUACUAUCAUCACUUCGGAAGGCUCGCGGGAUGUCGCUUGGACUCAAGAUCUGAGCUUCGUGAUCAAGGGCAAGCUUUCCAAUAGCGGUAAUGAUCAAAACACGACCCAAACCACGACAGGGAAGCACGAGUCCCAAGGUAGUUAUUCCCGGAGUUUCAGUUAUCCCCUUAAGGUAUCAUCGUCGUACAACGUGUUGGAGGGUGGCAAUUACACCAUCAACGCAGAAAUGAGUCGCGCCAAGAAUGUGCAGAACAUUGGUCACCUAGCCUUCCCUACAGCAGCGGAUUCCUUCGAUUAUGGCCAGCUUCCUGGCCAUACCCCAUUGUUCACAGGCGCCGCGAUCAGCAACAGCCAGAAUGGGUCCGCCCACUAUCUCGCUGCGCCAGCCCUGAAGAAAUCAUUCGGAUCCGGAAGCACCGAACAGAUUUACUCGCUGGCUGGCAUCUCCGCUUCUGGCGCCGCAGAGACGGAUCUUUAUCGCCGUCAUAUUCUCGCUACGAAUGAUUCUGUUGUCUAUGACUCCCAGAGCGUUGGAGAUGAUACCUACGUGGUCCAAAACAGCCCACCUACUCCACACCAAGCCGGCAAGCAGACGUACGCGAACCUUGGAAUCAAAGCAAUGCUUGGCCGAGGUCCAUUCCGAGAACAAUAA